GGUUAUAGGCAUGAUGUGGAUCCAGAUUAUAUUCCAGAUGAAAAAUAUCUUGUUAGUGGAAAAGAGUUUAAAAAAUUAAUUAGUAAUGCUAAAAAACUUGGUGCUGAAUCGCUUGAUUAUUCAACACGAAAAAAUAACAAAUACAUGGCUACACUUCCAAGUGGAAAAAAAGUUCAUUUUGGAUCGACAAAAUAUGCGGAUUAUCUUACUCACAAAGACAAAGAUAGAAGAGAUAAAUUUCUCGCUCAAGCUACAAAGAUUAAAAAUAAACAGGGGGAGUUAACUUAUAAUAAUCCUGAAUUGGCGAACUUCUGGUCCGUUCAUUUACUUUGGCCUAAAAAAUGA